CCUGUUACAAGGGAAGUGAUUAUGGGCUAUAUGCGAGGCCCAUAACACCCUUCUUCCAAAAACCCUCUCUUUAGAUUUAGAUCGUGUCUUCGGCCAUUUGCGAGAAGCGGAGCAGCAGCAGUAGAGGGGGGAGAGAUUGCAACGGAGAGGAGAUGGCGGCGAAUGGAAGCAUCGUUCUCAGUAGAAAGCAAAAGAUAGUGUCAUCUCUCUGUAAACACCUCUCUUUAGACCCUAAAAUACUCUUGGAUGAUGUCAUGGAGAAAGAUAUCAAGAGCUUGUACUUUAACGUACGGAAGUCAUCUGGGGCCUCUUUGGAUGACAACCAUGAGGUGAUGAAGUGGAUAGAACUCGCAGAGAGUCUUCCGCUAGAUUUUAAGUCAUGCUCUGGAGUUCUCAAUAAAUUGGAUGAUGAAUUGGCUCUGAAGUCUGUACUCUUGGGGAAUGGAUUGAAACCGUCUGAAGUUGACGUGAUCGUCUUUUCAGUACUACAUCCUUUGCUGGUUGGCCUUCAAAAUGAAGACAAGGACAAGUUACCACAUGUGAUGAGAUGGAUGGAUUACAUCCAGAGCAAGGAGGAUUUUGGGGAACUAUUCGAGAAGAUAUUGCUUGAGAAGGCUAAAUUUAAGCCACAAUUGGAAGGAGCCAAAAAUCCAGUGAAGGUGGACGUAGAUUCAGAUGCAAAAAAGACAUUGCAAAGUGCAAAAAAUGCAGAUAAGUUAGAUGCAGACCUGAAUCUAAAGAAAAGUGAUACUGGGAUAAAGGCAACUGGGGUUAAAGAAGCUGCCCAGGAGAAGAAAAAGUCAUCUGAAACAGAAGCAGUUGAGAAAGAUAAAGAAAUUAGUGUCAGUUUGCUCAAUAUACAGGUUGGUGUUAUUCGGAAAGCAUGGAAGCAUCCAUCUGCUGAUAGUUUACUUGUUGAAGAGAUCGACAUUGGAGAUGCUAAAUUGCGCCAGGUGGUUAGUGGUUUGGCCAAGUAUUAUAGUCCAGAUGAGUUAACGAAUCGGCGCGUUGUAUUGAUUACAAAUGUAAAACCUGGAAAACUACGAGAUGUGAUGUCAGAAGGAUUGGUGCUAUGUGCUUCUAAUGAAGAUCAUACAAUUGUUGAGCCUUUAUUCCCUCCUGAAGAGGCCAAACUUGGGGAACGUGUUUCAUUUGCUGGGAUUGAUGGAAAGCCAGAAGACGUCCUUAACCCUAAAAAGAAACACCUGGAGAAGAUAACACCACAUCUUUUCACUGAUGACAAGGGUGUGGCCACUUUCAAGGGAAUACCAUUUAUGACAUCCUGUGGACCAUGUACAUCAGCCAUUCCCAAGGCAAGCAUCAAAUAGUGGGGAUGGCAUAUUGGAUACUAAACACAAUGUAUCUCAAUUUUUAGAGAUGGGUAUUAAGCUUUACUUGAUAGGAAGACACGGUAAUGCAGGCAUGGUUUUUGGUACUCAAAA